GGAGUCGGUCAGAAAGAGUUGAAAAUUCAAGAUGGCUAUGUGUCACGAUGGUGUCUUGGACUGUUGUCGUUAAGUUUAUUUGUUUUGUGUGAAAAUAGUGUUUUUUCAUAAUGGCUGACUUAAGUGUAGAUAUUUCCAAGUUGCCAGACGAAAUAAGAGAUAAACUAGCUGAGUUGGACUUGGAGUUAUCUGAAGGUGACAUAACACAGAAAGGCUAUGAAAAGAAGCGCUCUCGUCUUCUUACCCCAUACAUCGCUCAACAACAGCCCCAAGCAGGCAUUCAGGCAGUGCGCGGACCGCGUGGCGACGGCGGCGGCAGUCGACAGCUCACCAGAAACCGACGCACUCAUCGCCGCGUCACUCACAAUGAGAAGCGAUACCACUCAGAAGUAAGACAGGAAGCGGUACAACAAGCUCUUGCCGAGAUGCAGAAUCGGCCCAAACCCUCUUUGCCAAUGCCUUCCAAAAGGACCUCGAUGAUGGCCAAGAGCCCAGACCGAGAGCGUCAUGAUCUCUCAUCUAGUUCCGACGAGGACUCGUGCGCGGGCGACAAUGAGUUGCCUCCACCACCGGAGAUGGGCUCGCCCCCUGCGCGCCGCCCCGCCGCACCUCACCCUCGCGCCCUGCCGCAUCCCCUACCGCAACCACACCACCUGCGCGACAAGAAACAUGCUCCAAAAGAACGGACAGAGAUCGACUUGUCCGAAAUUAGUGCUCAUCUGCCAGCAUAUGUACAACCGGAUGUUACGCACACCACUUCCGGCGCUCGGAGGGGCGGAGCUCUCGUCGCGGAUCGAGUGCAGUGUUAUACACAGCCAGAGGAUACGGGCACCGGAACCGGCCGAUGGAAGGUGUCAGCAAAAAUUCAGCAGCUACUAAAUACAUUGAAGCGUCCGAAACGUCGUCCUCUACCCGAAUUCUACGAAGAUGAUGACAUAGAAUUAGAAAUCGCCGCUAACCCCAAAGACCCGAACGCACCAAAACCGGAGGGCGGAACAAUGACGCCGGCAGUGGGAGAACAGCUUGUGGUGCCCGCUGGCCUCCCGAGGAACCUGGAAGCUGCUCUGCAAAGAUAUGGAACUGCCUCAUUCAAAGCGAACGUUGCGACCGUUUUGGAUCCAAAUGGGAAACUCAGUAAUUCCCUUACAUACGGAAAACUGCUCAGCCGUUCCUUUAAGAUUGCCUACGCUUUGCUGAAUAAGACUUUCACAUCAAAGAGCACGAGUGGUGGACCCAUGACUGGAGAUAAUUCCAUCAAGCUGGGUGAUCGUGUCGCAUUAGUUUAUCCGAACAACGACCCGAUAAACUUCAUGUGUGCUUUUUAUGGCUGCCUGCAAGCGGGCGUGGUGCCCGUGCCCAUUGAAGUGCCGCUUACACGUCGCGACGCCGGCCUACAACAAGUCGGCUUCCUGCUCGGCUCCUGCGGGAUACAAUACGCCCUUACAUCGGAUGCUUGCCUGAAAGGUCUUCCGAAAACAUCGUCGGGCGAUGUGGUAUCCUUCCGCGGAUGGCCAUCUCUACACUGGGUAUCGACGGAGAAGCUGCCCCGCCCCCCACGCGACUGGAUUCCACCCCCGCGCCCUGCUGAAGACAGUCCCGCGCACAUCGAACACACCUCCGCCGCGGAUGGCUCCGCUAUGGGCGUCAUUGUCACCAGAGCGUCGAUGCUCUCCCACAGCCGGAUGCUUUCAGUGGCCUGUAACUACACUGAGGGCGAGCACAUGGUGUGCGUGCUGGAUUUCAAGCGUGAAACUGGCCUGUGGCACGCCGUGCUAGCGAGUGUUCUUAAUGGCAUGCAUGUGAUAUUCAUUCCUUACGCCUUGAUGAAAGUAAGCCCCGCCUCAUGGAUGCACAUGAUCACUAAAUACAGGGCUUCGGUGGCAAUCGUUAAGUCUCGAGACCUGCACUGGGGACUUCUGGCGACGAGAGAUCACAAGGAAAUAUCCUUGAGUUCACUUCGUAUGUUACUGGUUGCCGAUGGCGCGAACCCAUGGUCGCUUUCGUCAUGUGAUCAGUUCCUGUCAGUGUUUCAGAGCAAAGGCGUGCGCGGAGACGCAAUUUGCCCGUGCGCAUGCAGCAGCGAGUCCUUGACGGUAUGCGUGCGGCGCGCGGGCCGCGGCGGCAGCUCUGCGGGCCGCGGCGUGCUCUCCAUGUCCGGUCUUUCCUACGGUGUUGUCCGAGUCGACGCUGAGAACUCUCUCACUUCGCUCACACUGCAGGACUGUGGGCAGGUUAUGCCCUCCUGUGUAAUAGUAGUGGUAAAAAUAGAAGGACCUACAUAUCUGUGCAAAACAGACGAAGUUGGGGAGAUUUGCGUUCUUUGCGGGGCGACGGGUUCCGGGUAUUGGGGCCUGCCAGGGCUCACUAACACUGUCUUCCGAGUACGGCCGUUAGAUGCCGACGGGGAACCAAUUGGAGAGGAACAUUACGUCCGCAGUGGACUUCUUGGUUUCUUAGGUCCCGGUGGCUUAGUGUUUGUAUGCGGCUCUCGUGAUGGGCUAAUGACGGUGACUGGUCGCAAACAUAAUAUGGACGAUAUCAUAGCGACAGUGCUCGCAGUUGAACCUAUGAAAUUUAUAUACAGAGGACGUAUCGCUGUGUUUUCCGUGAGGGUACUUCGCGAUGAACGUAUUUGCAUAAUUGCCGAGCAAAGACCCGAUUGCGGUGAAGAAGAGUCCUUCCAGUGGAUGUCGCGCGUACUCCAAGCAGUUGAUUCGAUCCACCAAGUGGGAAUCUACUGCCUUGCGUUGGUACAACCCAAUUACCUCCCGAAGACACCUCUCGGUGGGAUACACCUCAGCGAAUGCAAACGGCGUUUCUUAGAAGGGACACUACAUCCAGCCAAUGUUCUAAUGUGUCCCCACACAUGUGUAACAAAUUUACCCAAACCCAGAGAAAUACACUCAGUUGGAAUAUCCGCAGAUGUGGGUCCGGCGUCAGUGAUAGUGGGGAACCUCGUACAAGGUAACCGCUUGGCUUCAGCUCAGGGCCGAGACAUGGGUUACACCGAUGACUCUGACGCCGCUAGGAAGUAUCAAUUCAUUUCUCAAAUCUUGCGAUGGCGCGCUCAGAGUACAUCUGACCACGUCAUAUUUACACUGCUCAACUCAAAAGGCGCCGUUUCUAAAGUUCUCACCUGCGCUGAACUGCACAAAAAGGCAGAGCGAAUUGGAAAUCUUCUACUCGAAAAGGGUAGAGUAAAUACAGGAGAUCACGUCGCGUUGAUAUUCCCUCCGGGAUUAGAUCUCAUCAGUGCGUUCUACGGAUGUUUGUAUGUAGGAGCAGUACCGGUGACCAUUCGCCCGCCGCAUCCACAGAAUCUGCACACUACCCUACCCACUGUCCGCAUGAUAGUUGACGUCAGCAAAGCAACAUUGAUCCUUUCCAACCAAUCUGUGAUAAAGUUGCUGCGUUCCAAGGAAGCGAGCAAUGUCCUCGACAGUAAAGCUUGGCCGAUAACACUGGAUACCGAUGAUAUGCCUAAAAAGAAACUGCCAAUUCUCUACCGGGCGCCCACAGCUGAAAUGCUAGCUUAUCUAGACUUUAGUGUAUCAACUACAGGCAUGUUGGCUGGCAUCAAAAUGUCACAUGCUGCAGUCACUUCGCUCUGCCGGUCUAUGAAGAUAGCCUGCGAGUUGUAUCCUUCGCGUCACAUCGCCCUCUGCCUCGAUCCUUACUGCGGCCUUGGAUUUGCUCUUUGGUGCUUGAGCAGCAUAUAUUCCGGUCACCACUCCAUUCUGAUACCGCCAUCCGAAGUCGAAAUCAAUCCGGCACUCUGGCUCAGUGCCGUUUCCCAAUAUAAAGUGCGCGACACUUUCUGCUCAUACGGUGUCAUGGAAUUGUGCACAAAAGGUUUGGGAAGCUCAGUAAAUCAGUUAAAAUCGAAGGGUAUCAAUUUGGCAUGCGUGAGAACUUGCGUGGUUGUUGCUGAGGAGAGGCCCCGGAUUAAUUUAACCAACUCAUUUUCAAAGUUGUUCUCAGCUUUGGGUUUGAGUCCAAGAGCUGUAUCUACAUCCUUCGGUUGCCGAGUGAAUAUCGCUAUUUGUCUGCAAGGUGCCUCUAGUCCAGAACCUUCUACGGUGUAUGUAGAUUUGCGUGCUCUGCGCAACGAUCGCGUCUCCUUAGUCGAACGAGGCAGUCCACAUUCCUUAUGCCUGAUGGAAUCCGGAAAACUUUUACCGGGCGUGAAAGUAAUAACUGCCAACCCAGAAACAAAGGGCCAGUGCGGCGACUCUCAUUUGGGCGAGAUAUGGGUGCAAUCGCCACAUAACGCAAGCGGCUACUUCACAAUAUACGGUGACGAAAGCGACUACGCUGAUCAUUUUAGCGCUCAACUGGUGACGGGAAAUACAGGGGAAGUGUACGCUCGAACAGGUUAUUUGGGUUUCUUGAGGCGAACAGAGAUAAGUGCGACCGGAACAAGUUGCGAGGAAUCGAUGAUGGCUCGCGACAGCGAUACCGACUCGCUGGCCUCGGCGUGCGGCAGUGUCGGCAUGGGGGCGGACACGCAUGACACCCACGACGCGGUGUUCGUAGUCGGCGCGCUCGAUGAAACCAUCAUGCUUCGCGGCAUGCGAUAUCAUCCCAUUGACAUUGAAAACUCUGUAAUGAGGUGCCACAAGAAAAUUGCUGAAUGCGCCGUAUUCACUUGGACAAACCUGCUGGUGGUAGUUGUGGAGCUGGACGGCAACGACAGCGAGGCCCUGAACCUGGUGCCGCUGGUCACCAACACGGUGCUGGAGGAACACCACUUGAUCGUCGGCGUUGUAGUGGUUGUGGACCCCGGCGUGGUGCCAAUCAACUCGCGCGGUGAGAAGCAACGCAUGCACCUACGCGACGGCUUCCUAUCGGACCAGAUAGAUGCCAUAUACAUCGCUUACAACAUGUAACUAGCCAGAAAAAUCUUCACCCCAAGUGAUAAUAUUCUUUCGCGCCGCAGUCUCUCCGAAAUGUUCUCAUGUAUUAGUGGAUCAUAUUAUAUUUAGAAAAAUGUGGUCACGCAAUUUUUGAAAUCAAUUAUGAUUCUUAAAUAUAAAUAAUCCGACUCUGACAAAGUGGAACAAACUUAUUGACUUUUUACUAUUUAAAAUGAUAACACGUUAACAUAUAACAAUGUAACAUUCUCGUUUUAACGUUAUUAUACCAUUCAAUAAAUCAAUUUCGACGUGAUUUUUAUAGAUCGGUGUCAAUGAGUAAAGUAUACCGAGUUGUCGAUAAUUACAAAGCUCUAUACUAACAUUCGAUGGUGUCUUCUACUUCUAACUGCAAAUAUCAUUAGCCAACUUCUAUUUACGAUUUACGUGCGAGCCUAAAGUUAAC